CUAUUUAUUCGUCGCCGCGAAUUUCUUCUCGGUUGAUGGGCUUCGGAAGCCGCGAUAGAAGGUCAUAAGCAAUGCCGCUGCUAGGGUUUCGCCCGCGAUAUUUCCCUCUCCAAGAAGCCCUCUUCCCUCGAAAUAUCCCGUUCCGAAUCCCUCCUUCUCCUUGCUCCUCGUCUCCCCCCACACCUUCUACCUGGCGCCGCCACCUGAGAACCUCCUCCGCUCCUAAUCUCCGACGGCUGACGUCGCGGAUCGUUAAGCUCACGAGAAAGAGGCAGCUGCAUCAGAUCUUUGAGGAAGUGGAGGUUGCGAGGAAGCGGUACGGGAAGCUGAACACCAUCGUGAUGAAUGCCGUUCUGGAAGCGUGUGUGCAUUGCGGGGACGUUGAUUCGGCUCAACGGAUCUUUGAGGAAAUGGCCAAGCCGGAGAGCUGCGGUGUUGAUAGUGUCUCCUACGGGAUCUUGUUGAAGGGUUUGGGAGAGGCACGGAGAGUUGAUGAAGCAUUUCAAAUACUUGAAUGUGUAGAGCAAGACUCUGCUACGGGGAGCCCAAAAUUGUCGUCAAAACUUAUUUUUGGUCUUUUAAGUGCACUGCUUGAGGCAGGAGAUAUGCGUCGUGCCAAUGGUCUUGUUGCACGUUUCCGCCGCGUGCUUCAUGAAGAUGGUCACUCUGUUGUACUGUACAACUUACUGAUGAAGGGGUAUGCAAACACUGACUUCCCUCUUGCUGCUUUAACCAUUCGAGAUGAAAUGUUGUGCCAAGGGUUGAAGCCUGAUAAGCUGACUUAUAAUACAUUGAUUUUUGCAUGCAUAAGAGAUGGAAGAACAGAUACUGCAAUUCAGUUGCUUGCAGAAAUGAAGGAAGAAGCUGAAAAGGUUAGUUGCUAUGAACUCCUUCCAGAUGCUGUCACUUACACUACUUUACUUAAGGGUUUAGGAAACAACAAAGACCUGGUUUCAGUUCUGAAGAUUGUGGUGGAGAUGAAAUCAUUGCCUGAUCUUGUUAUUGAUAGAACUGCAUAUACUGCAAUUGUUGAUGCAUUGCUGGCUUGUGGGUCGACCAAGGAUGCCCUUUGUAUAUUUGGAGAGAUGAUAAAGCAGAAUGGCAAAAAAAAUAAUUUGAGACCUAAGCCUCAUCUCUAUCUUUCAAUGAUGCGGGCAUUUUCUAUAAGAGGAGAUUUUGACAUGGUCAAAAGGCUGCAUGUUCACAUGUGGUCAGAUUCUGUUGGAUCAAUUUCUCCUUCGGUGCAAGUAGAAGCUGAUGAGCUUCUUAUGGAGGCAGCAAUAAAUGAUGACCAGGUUGAUGUUGCUAGACAAAUCCUUCAUAGAAUUAUUACCAAAAGGGAAGGGUUCUCUUGGACAACUAGAGGAGGCAUGGUUGCUAUCCGUGUAGAAGCUUUGUCAGGAUUCACUAAUUCUAUACUCAGCCCUUAUGUCCUUCCAGAGGUUUCACUGAAUGAUCCUAUUGAGAAGUAUAUGACAGCAUUUGAAGAAGCUGAUCCAUUACCUGCUAGCUUGAAAUUGGACAAAGUUAUUAUGCGUUUCUUUAAGGAUUCUGCUAUUCCUGCUAUAGAUGAUUGGGGUAGCUGUGUUGGAAUUGUUCACCGUGAUGAUUGUAAAAAGCUGGACGCACCUCUUUGGACAAUGAUGAGGGGACCUCCACCUUGCGUAACCACCUCAACAUCCAUUGGUCGGGUCAUCGACCUACUCCUAGAUAAGAAAUAUAAAAUGGUAGUAGUUGUAAGAAAUAGCAAUGUAUAUGAAACCAGUUACAGCUCGAGUUCAAGGCCUGUAGGAAUUUUUACGCUUGAAAAAUUGUUCAAUAUGGCGAUGUUUGCAUCAGGACCCUUUUUCAUGUAGAAUAUUUUCCAAGCAAAAAAACCCUAGUAUGUAAUUCCAAGUAUGUUGGCCA